CUGGCUCCUCCAUCUGAACAGCAGGGAGAGAGAGCCUCUCCCACAGGGAGACAUCACCAGCACCGCCCGAGCGUCGGCCGCCCGCUGGAAGGGGGAACAAAACAUGGAGGAAACGACGUUAUAGAGGCGGAUCGGGCGUCGGCGGGGAGAUUAUUUAUUUACCUAUUUAUUAAUUAAUUUAUUUCCCCUGCCAGCAAUGGCCGGGGUCCAUGUCUGCGGCUGCUGAGAGGCAGGUGCAAUAUCAUCGACGAAGGCAUUUAUUUAUCUCCCCGGCAUGGGCUCAACCAGGGCCGAUCCACAGGCUGGCCCACUCCGCACCCACGGCUCCCCGGAUCAGAUGCUCUCUGCGGGGGGAGAGCUGUAGCUGGGCCGCGUCCGGAGGCGAUACAACGGGUUGGUGGUGGAGAAGGAGGGGGCCCGCUUUACAUCAAAAUAUUACAGGCAGUAAUUUCAAGGUUAUGUGCAACAAUCAGUCGUGGCUCAGCGAAUCAGCUGCUGCAACAUGAGUGUUUAGUGUUUUAUUUGAGGAAAGACUGUGAUUGAAUGUUCCCCUUUUUCUGCUGCUGAGCGGAUCCAAACCUUGUGACAGGCUCGCCUUAAAAAGAGGCCUGGGAAAAAAAAAAAAACAGUUUGAGCGCAGCAGCCUCCUCAUCUGGAUCCAAACAGAGGCCGGGUCCAGCUGCCAAGAUGAUGGAGCUGCAGAUAGACGAGGUGGUCUACCAGGACGACUACGGCUCCGGAUCCGUGAUGUCGGAGCGGGUGUCGGGCUUGGCCAACAGCAUCUACCGGGAGUUCGAGCGGCUGAUCCGCAGCUAUGACGAGGAGGUGGUGAAGGAGCUGAUGCCUCUGGUGGUCAACGUCCUGGAGAACCUGGACGCGGUGCUGACGGAGAACCAGGAGCACGAGGUGGAGCUGGAGCUGCUGAAGGAGGACAACGAGCAGCUCAUCACUCAGUACGAGCGGGAGAAAGCGCUCCGCAAGCAGGCAGAGGAGAAAUUCAUUGAAUUUGAGGAUGCGUUGGAAGCUGAGAAGAAGGACCUGCAGGUGCAGGUGGAGUUUCUGGAGCUGCAGGGGAAACAGCAGGAGCUCAAGUCAAAGAACUACUCCGACCAGAUCACUCGGUUGGAGGAGCGAGAAUCAGACAUGAAGAAAGAGUACAACGCUCUGCACCAGCGCCACACUGAGAUGAUCCAGAUGUAUGUUGAGCACAUAGAGCGGUCCAAAAUGCAGCAGGCAGGAAGCAACAGCCAAUCAGAAGGCCCCGGCUGUGGACGAACCAAAGCGGAGCGCCCGCCGUCAUUGAGCCUGUACCCCAGCGGCGAGGGCAUGGUACGUGGGGGUCUCGGGGGAGUUAGGAUGAUGCCCGGGAAAGACAUCUGGCAGGUCAACGAGCUCGGCCAGUCUACCUUCUGCUCCGCCUAUCAGGAGGACGGAUCAGAGUCCGACUCAGUGGCGGCCACACCCAGCAGCACAGGAAGCAAGUCCAACACACCCACCUCCUCCGUCCCCUCCGCCACCGUCACCCCCAUCAACGAGGGCUUCCACCCGCAAUCUGAGUUUGAAGGGAUGCGGGCGGGGAACCGCAGGAAAAGUGCCAAGCGGCUCAGCCGGAAUAUGGAGGUGCAGGUUUCUCAGGAAACCAGGAAUGUCAGCAUUGGUAUGGGAAGCAGCGACGAGUGGUCUGAGUUUCAGGAGAUCAUUGAUUCUACCCCUGAGCUGGACAUGUGUGUAGACCCCCGUGUGUACGGAGGAGGAAACAGCCCCUCCCAGGGCAUCGUGAAUGAGGCCUUCGGCAUCAACACCGACUCUCUCUACCACGAGAUCAAAGACGCCAAGUCGGACAUCAUUGGAGAUGUAGAUGCAGGCGCUGAGCUGCUAGGCGAGUUCUCAGUCCGUGAUGAUUUCUUCGGAAUGGGUAAGGAGGUGGAGAACCUGCUGACAGAGAACAAACAGCUCCUCGAGACCAAAAAUGCUCUCAACAUUGUGAAAAAUGACCUAAUUGCCAAAGUGGACGAGCUGUCGGGGGAGCAGGAGGUGCUGCGGGAGGAGCUGGAGGCCUUGAGGCAGUCCAAGAACAAGGUGGACGCCAGAGUCAAAGAGCUGGAGGAAGAACUCAGGAGGUUAAGAGCAGAGGCUCUCGGCGCGUCUCGGGACUCGAAGGAUGAAGGAGGUGAUGAUUUUUCAUCACCCAUGCAGGACGGCGACAUGACGAUGACGCAGCGGCGGCGGUUCACCCGGGUGGAGAUGGCGCGGGUGCUGAUGGAGAGGAAUCAGUACAAAGAGAGACUGAUGGAGCUGCAGGAGGCCGUACGGUGGACGGAGAUGAUCAGGGCGUCCAGGGAGAGUCCGCAAAUCCAAGAGAAAAAGAAGUCCACCAUCUGGCAAUUCUUCGCUCGUCUCUUCAGCACGUCGUCCAGCCCGCCGCCCGUCAAGCGGCCGUACUACAGCGUCAACAUCCACUACAAGUCGCCCUCGCCGGCUGGUUUCUCUCAGCGACGCAGCCACACCAUGUGCCAGAUCUCCACCUCCAACCGCACGCUGGAGUUCUUCCCCGAAGAACUGGCCAGUAACGGUGUUGCGUCUCUCCUCAGUGACUCGGCACUGUUGGCCCGCCGAGAGCAGCGGCGUGAACAGUACCGGCAGGUCCGUGAGCACAUGCGCCGCGAUGACGGCAUCAUGCAGGCGUGCGGCUGGAGCGUGCCGUCUCGCUUCAAACAGCCCGGAGGUCCGGCGGACACGGCUCAGGACAGCCCACUGAAGAGACAACAGGCAAGUGAGACCCUCAGAACCACCACUAACGACAAAGAGGACAACCGCAUGAAGAAUGUGCCCGUCCCGGUGUACUGUCGUCCUUUGGUAGAAAAGGACCCCAACAGGAAGCUGUGGUGUGCAGCUGGCGUGGACCUGACGGGAUGGAGGGCCAGCAGCCAGGAGUCGCUACCGGCCAAAGCGCCAUCAGGCGGCAGCGACCCUCUGCACGCUGAAGAGAACGGAGGAGGCAAGAAGAGCAGCCACAGCUCCCCAGAGAAGAGGAAGUCGAAGGAGCUCCAGGAAACCGACACCAUGAGCAGCCGGGUGUGGAUCCUCACCAGCACCCACUCUGCCAGCAAGGUGGUCAUCAUCGACGCCAACCAGCCGGGCUCACUGGUCGACCAGUUCAACGUCUGCAACGCCCACGUGCUCUGCAUAUCCAGUGUGCCAGCUGCCAGCGAGAGCGACUACCCAGCAGGAGAGAUCGUGUUGGAUCCAGGUGACGGAGGAGCGGGGGGCGGCGGCGAGGACACUGGCAGCGUGGAGGGCAUGUUGGCAGGUAUCACUCUUGUUGGCUGCGCCACCAACUGCAGCGUUGCACAAAGCAACUGCUCCUCACGCACUGACACGCCCAUAAUGGACAAAGGACAAGCCCCCACUGCUCCCCCCAUGAACGGGAGGAUCCACCCCGCCCAGUCGGCCGAGGAGGCCACCGAGGCCACUGAGGUCACCGAGUCAGCAGCCAGCCAGGCGGGGCUGAGGUCUGGACCUCCAGGACCCUUUACUGAGCACGUGUUCACCGACCCCCAGCCCCGCCCAGCGGACACCUCCGACAGGAGCGCAGGUCAAUCCAAAGAGGAAACUUCUCAGCCUGCAGAGUCGGAGGACGGAGGUGAAGAGACCAAGAACUACACCAGCGUGGCCCCCACUAUGUGGCUCGGGGCCCAGAACGGCUGGCUUUAUGUCCACUCGGCUGUUGGAAACUGGAAGAAGUGCCUCCACUCCAUCAAACUCAAAGACUCUGUGCUCAGUCUGGUACACGUGAAAGGUCGUGUGCUGGUUGCCCUCGCCGACGGGACCCUCGCUAUAUUCCAUAGAUCAGAGGAUGGUCAGUGGGAUCUGUCCAACUACCACCUGAUGGACCUCGGUCGGCCCCAUCACUCCAUCCGCUGCAUGGCCGUGGUCCAUGAUAAGGUCUGGUGCGGCUACAAGAACAAGAUCCACGUCAUCCAGCCCAAAAGCAUGCAGAUCGAGAAGUCCUUUGACGCCCACCCUCGCAGGGAGAGUCAGGUGCGGCAGCUAGCGUGGAUCGGUGAUGGUGUUUGGGUGUCGAUCCGGCUCGACUCCACCCUGCGGCUCUACCACGCGCACACACACCAACACCUCCAGGACGUGGACAUCGAGCCCUACGUCAGCAAGAUGCUGGGUACUGGCAAGCUGGGCUUCUCUUUUGUGCGAAUCACAGCACUUCUGAUUGGUGGGAAUCGUCUCUGGGUAGGAACUGGAAACGGCGUGAUCAUCUCGAUCCCUCUGACAGAGACGGUGGUCCUUCACCGGGGACAGCUCCUUGGUUUGAGGGCCAAUAAGGUGUCACCCACGUCGUCGGGCGGAGUGAUCCACGUGUACGGUGACGACGGCUCUGAGAAGAGCACCGGCAGCUUCAUCCCCUACUGCUCCAUGGCACAGGCCCAGCUCUGUUUCCAUGGACACCGCGACGCUGUCAAGUUCUUCGUCUCUGUACCCGGCAACGUCCUGGCCACCCUAAACGGUAGCGUGCUGGACAGCCCAUCAGAGGGUCAGGGGUCAACAGCGCCCCAAGAGACGGAGGCCCAGAGUGUUCACAACGUGUUGGUGCUGAGUGGAGGAGAAGGAUACAUCGACUUCCGUAUCGGAGACGGAGAGGAUGAUGAGACGGAGGAAGGGGACAGCAGCGGUGGAGGUGUUGGUGGUGGUGUUGUUGGUGUUGCUGGUGGAACUUCGCAGAUAAAACCUGCUUUGUGCAAAGCCGAGCGGAGUCACAUCAUCGUCUGGCAGGUGUCUUACAUACCUGAGUGACACCUGGAUCUGCUUUAACACCCACCCCCACCUCACCUCCUGAAAGAAACCUCCUCCUGCCCCCAGAAAGCUUCCAGCCACCCGAACCGUGUAAUUACCCCCGGUCAUGUAAAAGUCCCCCCCUUUGGCUCUAAAAACGACCCUCCAAGCCGUGUAUUGUACCUUGUAACUAUUAUAUUCCCUCCUGCCCCGUCACCUUGUAACUUUAAUGCCUUGUAAGUACCUCCUCUGAUCUAGUAAUCUGCCUGCCACCCUGUUUCUGCCCCACCAGGGCAUUGUAACUAUCUUCAUGAGCCUUGUAACCCAGCAUCAUAACUACCUCCCUCCUCUGUAUCGAUCUUAUAUUCACCCUGUAAGCACACUGUAUCUUCUCCUAUAUUUACCUCAAUUGUCCUGCAUCUGCCCCAGAGUUACUCCUCCUCCUCCUCUUCUUCCUCCACUUAGUUUGUCAUCUGUAAAGCCUCCACCUCAUCUUAAAGCAGAGCCCCAACAUGCAUUAUUAAUUGUACCGACAACAAAAAAGAACAGCAGGUACAGAAAUGUGAAUGGCAGCACUGACUUGCACUUCCACCAACAGAAAUCUGUCUGAUUUUUCAAACAGCAAAAACAGAAAUCAUUAAUGCCAUGAUGUGUUUAAAUGGAGUUAAUGGAUGCAGGUGUUUACAGAGCGACACAGUCUCAGUUGACAGUGUGUGUGAGUGGAAACAAACCCGGUGAGACGGCAUUCAGAAGUCUUGUUUUGGCUUUAAAGGGAUAGUUUGGGUUUUUAAAGUGUUGUUGUAUUAAGUGCUUAUCCAUAAGAAUAUGUAUGCUUUAUAUCAGUAGUUCUCAACCUUUUUGAGUGGCGACCCCCAAUUUAACAUGCAUGUUGUCUGCUCAUUGAACAGAAUCUCACAGGUCAGAUCAGACAAACUCAGUUGACACGACGAAUUUUGGACAAAUAAUGAAGCAGACAACAAUUAAAACAUCUCUCUGUCUGUGCAUUUACUUAUAUUUUUAUAUAUUUGAUUGUUACCUUUAAUCUAAGUCCUUUGCUAUCAGUUAAAAGGUCCAUUCUGACCUCCUGAGUGUGUAACAGUCAGCGUCAAGCCAGAGACUCCUUGGAAAGUAAUAACUUGAUACUUUGGGAUUUGUCAGAAAAAAAGACACAAAAUUACCCAAAAAAGAAUCAAAUUGACCACAAAAUGACCAAAAAAUUACAUAAAAUUAAGCAAAAACGGACUCAAAUUGACCACAAAAUGACAAAAAAAUUACCACAGAAAGAAUGACACACAAAUGACUGAAAAAGAUUCAAAAUUACCAAAAAAACACACAGUGGAGACAGAGCUGACUUCCAAAAUGAUUCGGCGACCCCCAGAAAUCAUCUCGAGACCCCAAUCGGGGUCGGGACCCCAAGGUUGAGAACAGCUGCUUUAUACAACCCCACUUAAAAAAAAAAUCUGGACUAUCACUUUAAGAUUGUAGUGGACAGCAAAUGAGUUAGGGUCACAUUUUAUGACAACAAAUGGAAAGUCAAAGUUACGGCAUGUCAAAUUCAGCACAGGAAGUCUGGGCUUUUUUUCUAGCUGUUACCUAAAAUAUUUUGCAUCCAAUCUUGCAGUUACGUUCGUUCAAAGAGUCUCGAUUAACGAUGUUUGCUCAGUUUCUAUCCUGUGCGAUAACAGACCCCCAACUGACAGGAAAUAUAUAUAUAUAUA